AUAAUGUGUAUCGACAAUAUACAGCAACCAAAAUGUUCCAGAUCUGCCACAUUGAUAUUGUGUUAUAUAUUCGAGGUAAGCACCCCCUCCCUCCAGUACAAGUAAUCCCAGAUAAAUACAGCUGGUAUUGCUUGAGGAUCGUGUGUGAUCCCAGGCAGCAUCAAAGGGAAAGCACGCAAGAACUGCUCAUCUUCAUCAGUUCAUCGACUUGUUUAAGGUACCUAUAUAUCUGACCUGCGAUGUUGCUUCGUGGUGUUGUUCUUCUGGUGGUCGUGGUCAACGCCCACGCAGGAUUCUCCGAUCCAAACUUCGUGGGUCGUCGUUCGACCAUCGUCCACCUCUUCGAAUGGAAGUGGCCAGCCAUUGCCCAAGAAUGUGAAAAAUUUCUAGGACCUCGUGGGUUCGCUGGUGUACAGGUUUCUCCUCCCAGCGAACACAUAUACCACAAAAUUUAUCAUGACGGCAAAACAGACUUUACUUGGUGGUCGCGCUAUCAACCCGUGAGUUACGAGAUUAACAGCCGGAGUGGUGGAGAAAGCGAAUUUAAGGACAUGGUACAACGAUGUAACAAGGUCGGGGUUCGAAUCUACGUCGACGCCGUCAUCAACCAUAUGGCAAAUGAUAACAGUUACGAAUUCCCUAAAGUGCCGUACCACUGGUGGAACUUCCACGCCAAAAAUGGUAAAUGCGGCACGGAUACGAACGAAAUCAAAGAUUACAGCAACGCCCACCAGGUCCGGUUCUGCGAAUUGAAUGGUUUGGAUGACCUUGAUUAUUCCGUACCACAAACUGUGGAGAAGGUGGUUGGUUACCUCAACAAGCUUUUGAGCUACGGUGUUGCAGGAUUCAGAAUUGAUGCCGCGAAGCACAUGUUACCCUCGGAAAUUCAAAACGUCGUCAAUAAAUUGGAAAAGACGAUUUUUGGUACUGAUCCAUACAUUUACCAGGAAGUCAUAGCCGUGAAUGAUCUCGAACCCAUAAAAUCAACAGAGUAUGUUUCCAGCGGCGAUGUGACAGAGUUUAAAUUCUGUUACGAAAUUGAAAAACUUGGUAAGGGAACAAAAGCGCUGAGAGACUUUAGGACAUUGGGAAAGGAAUGGGGAUUGCUUGAUUCGUCGCAAGCUUUGGUUUUCGUGGAUAACCAUGACAACCAAAGAGGUCAUGGUGGCGGAGGUCACAUUCUGACCUUCAAAGACAGCGCGGCAUACAAGAAAGCAACAGCAUUUACCCUCGCCUGGAACUACGGAAUCGCUAGGAUCAUGAGCUCGUAUCAAUUCACCAAUGGCGAACAUGGACCUCCAUGCAAUGAAAAUGGUGACACGCUGCCCCCACAAAUCAAGAAUGACGGUUCGUGCGAUGGGGAUUGGGUCUGCGAACAUCGUUGGAGACAGAUCCGCAACAUGGCCUGCUUCCGGAAUGCUGCUGGACUCGAACCAGUCUCGAACUGGAGAGCGGAUGAACAGUUUGAUUUCAUCUCUUUCUCAAGGGGCAGCAACGCUUUCUUUGCACUUAGCAACGACAAAGACAAAGUGAUACGCUGGGUGCCCACAGGGCUAUCACCUGGGACCUAUUGUGAUCUGAUCAGCGGUGACCCAACAGAUACUGGUUGUACUGGCCAAACAAUAACAGUGAACGAUCACGGGUGGGCUGAGAUCACCCUCCAUCCUGGGGAAGACUCGAUGAUAGCACUCACCGAGAGAGACAAAGCCAGCAGUGGAGGUGGAUGCAAGUGGAACUAGAAAGAUCAUCUUGCAAUGGCACUCCUACAAAUCAACAGAAUGAAGCGAUAAAACGCUAUAACAGGAUGAAAAUGAAAGUUAAUUACUAAAUGAUUGUUAUAUCCUGUAAAUUGAAUAACAUGAAUUUCCUUGAUUCCUUAACACCUUUUUAAAGUAAAGCAUGGUGAUGUGCCCUAGGGCUGUGCCUCCUCAUAUCUGGUUCUAAUCAAAUGGCAGACACAAGGGACCCUAUUCUGAAGUUGUGGACUGUAAACCCUCUACAGAGACAGAUUUUAAAUGAAAAUCUCAGUACUUUAAUCAUUAAAAGGCUUUUGAAAUCAUUAACUUCAUAAUUGACUUAACAGCCUUCAAGUCCAACCAACCACCCCCCCCCAAAUGUAUCUAUUAUAAUACAUGAAUUAUUUUGUUCCUGCAUGUUCAUAGCCUGCACAGCCAACUUAAAAUUGAAUGCAAGUUAAUCAAGAGUGAAAAAUAAGCAAGUAAAGUGAUUCAAUCGC